GAGGAGGACCCUGGGAGGUGGGGAGUCUUGCAGGAGGACCCAGGGAGGUGGGGAGUCUUGGAGGAGGACCCAGGGAGGUGGGGAGUCUUGGAGGAGGACGCUGGGAGGUGGGGAGUCUUGCAGGAGGACGCUGGGAGGUGGGGAGUCUUGCAGGAGGACCCAGGGAGGUGGGGAGUCUUGGAGGAGGACGCUGGGAGGUGGGGAGUCUUGGAGGAGGACGCUGGGAGGUGGGGAGUCUUGGAGGAGGACGCUGGGAGGUGGGGAGUCUUGGAGGAGGACGCUGGGAGGUGGGGAGUCUUGGAGGAGGACCCAGGGAGGUGGGGAGUCUUGCAGGAGGACCCAGGGAGGUGGGGAGUCUUGGAGGAGGACUCUGGGAGGUGGGGAGUCUUGGAGGAGGACGCUGGGAGGUGGGGAGUCUUGCAGGAGGACCCAGGGAGGUGGGGAGUCUUGGAGGAGGACUCUGGGAGGUGGGGAGUCUUGGAGGAGGGCCCUGGGAGGUGGGGAGUCUUGGAGGAGGACGCUGGGAGCUGGGGAGUCUUGGAGGAGGACCCAGGGAGGUGGGGAGUCUUGGAGGAGGACUCUGGGAGGUGGGGAGUCUUGGAGGAGGACGGUGGGAGGUGGGGAGUCUUGGAGGAGGGCGCUGGGAGGUGGGGAGUCUUGGAGGAGGGCGCUAGGAGGUGA